AUGCAUGCCGCGAUUCUCGCCGAGAUGGAUGCUCGUGUCUGCCGCCUUUCUCUGUGUCUCCCCCUCUCUGUCUCAGUGUCCCGGUCGAAGCUCCCAAACCGUCGACGGCCCAAAACCCGAGCCUCGCGUCCAGGCUUCUCGCCUGCUGUCUUUCCCUCCCGAUUAUCUUCGCCGUCUUUUCCUCUCUCGCCGUCUUCUGCGUCCUCUCCGCGCUUUCCGGCGCGCCUCGCGCUCUCUGCCCCUGCUUUUCCGCUGUCUCUGGAGCCCGGCGAGGAAGUUGGCGAGGACUCAGGCGAGAACAGGCCGUGGGACGAACACGCUUUCGCCUCCCCCUUCCUCGUCGACGCUUUUGCGCGCGGCGUGAUCGCUCACGGAAACGCUCUCGCGCGUCUUGACCGCCUUCUGGUGGCGUGGACUGGCGCGGUAGUCGCACGCGAAACCGACAAAAGACAAAGUGAGGAACCUGCUCGCGCGCAUGCGCCACGAACUCCCGGCAACCCUGGAACCGGCGAAACGCAUGCCUCUGCCUGUCUCCGCGCGCGGCUGCCGUCUGUGUCUGACGCAUGCGACCAAGCGUCUCUGAAAGCGGCAAAGAGGAGCUGCGCAGCUGGAGAAGAACAUAACAGCCAAGAUGCCACUGCAGGAAGAGACGGCGAAGACGCCAGCUGCGACCAGCCUCUCUCGUUCUACCUGGGAAUCGACUUGACAGGCAGAAGUCUCCACAUCGGUCACCUUCUCCCGCUUCUUCUCCUCAGGCGGCUGCAGUGCCUCCAGUUGGUGCGACCGGUCAUUCUCCUCGGCACCGCAACGACGCUCGUCGGGGAUCCAACAGGCAAGUUCCAGCACAACUUCGUGAAGCCGCGAACUGUCUUUUCCUCGUCUCUCUCUGCGCGCUCGAGCCGGACACUGCGGUCGCAGCCGUCGCUGUUGGACUCCGUCCUGCAAGACGUGGACGCAGAGGCCGGAUGUCGCUCAGGUGAGGAAGGCCGUGGCGAGUUGGCGGCCCGCGACUUUUCCCGCCACGCGUUCUGUUUGGAUGCAAACAAGACGGCGAAGAUUGACGAGAACCGCGCGGCGAUUGCGCGGCAACUGACCUCCAUUUUCAAUCUCGACGUCUCGGAUCCGAGCGGCGGCUUUCCUCUGCCUGCUUCUCCCGCAACUGCCAAGCCGCCGCCGGCGACGAUUGUGGAAAACCGCGCAUGGCUCGGCGGCUUGUCCUCGCUCGACUUCUUGACUGAGUUCGGCGCGUACCUGUCUCUGCCGCGACUCCUCUCCCGCUCGAGCGUGGAGGAGACACUCGGGCCCUGUCUCCCUGCCCGAAACACGCCCACACGGUCGGGCGACGCAGGCGCGCAGCCCCAGAAGGCCGCGAGCAAAGCGAACUUCUCGUUCGCCUCUCUCGCGUACUCGGUACUGCAGGCGGUGGAUUGGAGCUUUCUGCGGCGGCGCCUCGGCGUCGUCGGCCAGGUGGGGGGGGGGGACCAGUGGGGCAACAUCGCCACGGGUCUCGAGCUCGCCCGACGAAGAGACAACGCGCGACUCUUCGGGAUCACCACGCCUCUGCUCCUACACCGAAGCGGCGUGAAGAUGGGCAAGAGUGGCAGCCCAGGAGGGACAGGGACGCGCACGGGGACCGACAGCGCCUUUAGACGGGGAGACGAGGGGGAAGGCGGGCGCGUAGACGAGAGCCGAAGGGGACAUUCGACGCUGCCCAAGAGCCCUGGAGGAAAGACCGUCUGGCUAAGAAAAGACUUGACGCCGCCCGUCGAAUUCUGGCAGCACUGGCGAAAUGUCGACGACGGAGAUGUGCGAAGACUGCUCCGCUGGUUCACGCUGCUGUCCGUUCCGGAGAUCGACGCGCUAGAGGAAGACACGCGGCACUGCGGUGAGCGCGGCCUCAACUACUUGAAGGAAGUGCUGGCCGACCACGUGACCACCCUCGUCCACGGCUCGAGUAUCACGCGGGCCGUCCGAGCCGUCGUGACAGCCGGACGGCAACAGAGCUCCUUCGCGUUCGCCUCGGCGCCGGCGCUCCCUCUGCGCCCUCCAGAAUAUGCAGGAUCCGAGUCGGAAGCAGGCGAAAACGAAACCGCGGAGACCGUCGAGGUUUCAGGCGCUCUGCCGCCGACGCACUUUCUGAGGCGGUCCUGGCUAGGAGCAGCACGCGCGGCGGCGGGCAACGCUGAAGGUUCCGCCAGCCCUGUGCGCUCUCCUGCGGAGUGUCGCGACUCAGGUUCGCUGGGAAACGGCGCGGGCGAGGGCGAUGCAGACGUCGCGAUUGGGGCAACUUUCGCGUCUGGCCGGGGUGCGGACGAAGGCCGGACGCAAGCGUCGCCGCAGCCGCGGCGACCCUUUCUCUCUCUCCUUCUCUCGCGUCUCUGUCUCUGCCGCUCGCGAGCGGCAGCCAGGCGACUCAUUGCUCAGGGAACUGUGAGGAUCAACGGCAAGAAACUUCAGGCAGAUGGAGAGGUCGCGCUGGCGCUCGCUGACUUCGAGGAAGUCGCCGUGCAGAGCCCGUCCGAGCCGGGUGUACAGACACACGCGGCGAUCCGCGAGAAGGACGAGAGGCACAGCGAAGGUGAAGGAGAGGCACUAGGAACGGAGCAGACGGAGAAGACGGGGGCGCAAGAUGCGGGGGGAGGAACAGGGGAUCCACGUCUUGAAGGAGACGGAAAGAGAAACGACGAGAGAGCGAACGGAGAACCACUGAAGGCGGGAAGAAGGACGCGCAGCGUACAUCAGUGCGCGAUCUCUGUGGGGAGGAAAGGAUUCGCAGUCCUCCAUUUGAUUGAUGAAGCAGACUGGCCGGAAGCAAAGCGCGAUGAGCAUCUCAUCGUCGUCGAGUAA